CGAACUCAGGAGAGAAGCAGCACAGUGAUAAUACUCCUUGAACACAACCAAGAUGAGGCUCCUGGCUUGGCUUUGGGUGGCAGCUUCAUGGGUGGCAGCCGCCAGUAGUUUAAUCCUGACUCAGAUCCCAAACUCUGUAAUUGUGCCAGAAAACAACUCUGUUUCCAUUAGUUGCAAAGGGGAAGCACAAAACAACCAAAAGGCAGUUUUCUGGUACCGGCAGACCAACGGAACAACCGACUUUCAGUUCCUCAUGCAUACAAGCACCAUCGGCAGAGAAACGCAUGCGAAAGGCAUAGAGCAACGGUUCAAAACUACUCUGAGAUCCGGACCCGAACUCUGCAUCUUGAAGAUCAGUAUGCUCAAGAAAGAAGACAGCGGGAUGUAUUACUGCACUGUCUUGCAUGAUGGGAUUUACACAGCGGCCAGAGGAACCAACCUGACAGUAGGAGAGCUUCCUCCACCUCCACCCCCAACCACUAAGCCCACGAAGCCAAAGCCAAAAAAACCCUGCCACUGUUCCAGUGGGAUUCUAAAGACAAAGGGCUUCUCCUGUGGCUCUCUGGUUUUGGGGCCCCUGGCUGCAGGUGCCGCCGCCCUGCUUGUUGCUGUGGUCAGCACCCUGUACUAUUUUAGCAGGCUGCCCAAGAAGUGUCGUCACAGAAUGAUAAAGAAAAAGCUGUUGCAUUGAAACGUCUCUUUACUAGGGGUUCCUGGGGGCCAUCAAUCAAGGGCCCCCUUGUUUGUCAUCCUGUGAGACAGGAGUACAUGAUAUGAAUGAAUGAAUGAAUGUUGGGAACUCUGCAACAGAAAACUUCACAAGACUUUCAUAAAAUCUUGAAAUGCAUACUGAUAGUUCAAAGAAAUUAUACAAAUGGUAACAAUUUACUGUGUGUCUUUAACUGCACUGUAAUAACACAGCAAUGACACAUGCUGUAGUCAUGUAGUUACGAUGCACCGUUCAAUUACAGUGUAUUUACUGAAGCUGUUGUGUUUUAACCAAGAGGUUUCCCGGUAAUUACAUUGUAGUUAGAGGCGUUUACUGUAAAGUGUUAUCUCAUCAAUAAUUCAUGUCAUUUCCAUGGCUUGUCCUUGCUUCAUGUGUGGGUAUUUGCAUUUGAAAACAGGGCUGUGAUGAGUUAACAGAGUGCAGUCUGAGCCUCACCCCAGCAUAGAGAGCUUCAUUAAUACCACUCUCUCUUCACUGCCUAUACCCGCUGUAGCUUCAUUAAUACCACUCUCUCUCUCUUCACUGCCUGUACCCGCUGUAGCUUCAUUAAUACCACUCUCUCUCUCUUCACUGCCUGUACCCGCUGUAGCUUCAUUAAUACCACUCUCUCUCUCUUCACUGCCUGUACCCGCUGUAGCUUCAUUAAUACCACUCUCUCUUCUUCACUGCCUGUACCCGCUGUAGCUUCAUUAAUACCACUCUCUCUUCACUGCCUAUACCCGCUGUAGCUUCAUUAAUACCACUCUCUCUUCACUGCCUGUACCCGCUGUAGCUUCAUUAAUACCACUCUCUCUUCACUGCCUGUACCCGCUGUAGCUUCAUUAAUACCACUCUCUCUUCACUGCCUGUACUCGCUGUAGCUUCAUUAAUACCACUCUCUCUUCACUGCCUGUACCCGCUGUAGCUUCAUUAAUACCACUCUCUCUUCACUGCCUGUACCCGCUGUAGCUUCAUUAAUACCACUCUCUCUUCACUGCCUGUACCCGCUGUAGCUUCAUUAAUACCACUCUCUCUUCUUCACUGCCUGUACCCGCUGUAGCUUCAUUAAUACCACUCUCUCUUCACUGCCUGUACCCGCUGUAGCUUCAUUAAUACCACUCUCUCUUCACUGCCUGUACCCGCUGUAGCUUCAUUAAUACCACUCUCUCUUCACUGCCUGUACCCGCUGUAGCUUCAUUAAUACCACUCUCUCUUCUUCACUGCCUGUACCCGCUGUAGCUUCAUUAAUACCACUCUCUCUUCACUGCCUGUACCCGCUGUAGCUUCAUUAAUACCACUGUCUCUUCUUCACUGCUUGUACCCGCUGUAGCUUCAUUAAUACCACUCUCUCUUCACUGCCUGUACCCGCUGUAGCUUCAUUAAUACCACUCUCUCUUCACUGCCUGUACCCGCUGUAGCUUCAUGAAUACCACUCUCUCUUCACUGCCUGUACCCGCUGUAGCUUCAUUAAUACCACUCUCUCUUCUUCACUGCCUGUACCCGCUGUAGCUUCAUGAAUACCACUCUCUCUUCACUGCCUGUACCCGCUGUAGCUUCAUUAAUACCACUCUCUCUUCUUCACUGCCUGUACCCGCUGUAGCUUCAUUAAUACCACUCUCUCUUCACUGCCUAUACCCGCUGUAGCUUCAUUAAUACCACUCUCUCUUCUUCACUGCCUAUACCCGCUGUAGCUUCAUUAAUACCACUCUCUCUUCACUGCCUAUACCCGCUGUAGCUUCAUUAAUACCACUCUCUCUUCACUGCCUGUACCCGCUGUAGCUUCAUUAAUACCACUCUCUCUCUCUUCACUGCCUGUACCCGCUGUAGCUUCAUUAAUACCACUCUCUCUUCUUCACUGCCUGUACCCGCUGUAGCUUCAUUAAUACCACUCUCUCUUCACUGCCUAUACCCGCUGUAGCUUCAUUAAUACCACUCUCUCUUCACUGCCUAUACCCGCUGUAGCUUCAUUAAUACCACUCUCUCUUCACUGCCUAUACCCGCUGUAGCUUCAUUAAUACCACUCUCUCUUCACUGCCUGUACCCGCUGUAGCUUCAUUAAUACCACUCUCUCUUCACUGCCUGUACCCGCUGUAGCUUCAUUAAUACCACUCUCUCUUCACUGCCUGUACCCGCUGUAGCUUCAUUAAUACCACUCUCUCUUCACUGCCUGUACCCGCUGUAGCUUCAUUAAUACCACUCUCUCUUCACUGCCUGUACCCGCUGUAGCUUCAUUAAUACCACUCUCUCUCUUCACUGCCUGUACCCGCUGUAGCUUCAUUAAUACCACUCUCUCUUCUUCACUGUAGUUGCCCCCCAAAUAUAGUGAUUGGGACUCCUAUUUCAGCACAAUCGUGACGCUUCAUUGUAGAGUCCCUUGGCUUUUUUUUUAAAUUCAUAACAUGAUAAUGCAUUACAGCAUUGUAAAAAAAGGCUUACAACACAUUCAGUAAAACUUUACACCAGUAAUGUAUAACAAACUGAUCUUCCUUGUUAAUAAUCUGAACGUAUUAAUAACACAUGUCUUCAUUUGAGCAAGUCCUUAAACUAAAGUGUGGCCUUUAAAAAUACUCUUUAUUGCUUUCCUUUUACCAGCCUAUGCGUAACAUUCCAAUCUAUAAACAACCUGCUACUACCAAUGAUUUUCAGAAAAUGUGCAUUUCUUUAUUUUCCUACUUGUAAAUAUUUUCAGAAAAUGAUACUUUUAAAAGUGUUUUUUCUUUAAUAAAUAAAUAAAUACAUGUUUUGAAA